UAAAGGGCAGGUGCAAGUCCGAAUCAAAGAGUCGCAAACUUUCUUGAAGUUGAAAACUUUGUACUCGUAAAGUAUAAAGUCCGACUUUCUUGUAAACUACGUCUUGGAUAAUAUGGACGGACUCUGAGAGCGGAGCGUGUGAUCGAGGAAUGGGAAGAUCACUUUACUGAACGCCUCCUAAAAGACAGAGUUAAAUUUAAGAUCCACUGAUCAGAAAAGAUGAGUUGGGGACAACUGUACUCUCUACUUGGGGGUGUAAACAAACACUCAACCAGCUUGGGAAAGAUAUGGCUCUCUGUCCUCUUUAUUUUUCGUAUCAUGAUCCUGGUGGUAGCAGCUGAAAGUGUUUGGGGGGAUGAGCAGUCGGACUUCACGUGCAACACUUUACAACCAGGGUGCAAGAAUGUCUGCUAUGAUCAUUACUUUCCCAUCUCUCAUAUUCGUCUGUGGUGCCUCCAGCUUAUCUUUGUGUCUACUCCGGCUCUCCUAGUAGCUAUGCAUGUGGCCCACAGCAAAAAGGAACAGAAGAAGGACAUCAUUAAGACUAUGGGAGAUAAGGCUGAUGAGGACCUAGAGAUGCUCAAGAAAAAAAGGCUUCCAAUUACAGGCUCCUUAUGGUGGACUUACACUGUAAGCCUCUUUUUCAGGCUGGCAUUUGAAGGGGCUUUCAUUUAUGUUUUUUACUUGUUGUACAGUGGAUUCCAGAUGCCCCGCCUGGUAAAGUGUGAUGCAUGGCCAUGUCCUAAUGUGGUGGAUUGCUUCAUUUCACGACCCACAGAGAAAACCGUGUUUACCAUUUUCAUGAUUAGUGCCUCUGCACUCUGUAUGGUGCUCAAUGUGGCAGAAAUGUGCUAUUUGGUGGUCAAAGCCCUAGUACGCUGUUGCAGGCGUUCACAGCAAAGGUCUUAUCACCCCAGCCAUCUGCCCAAAGGGAAGGAGCACCUGCAGAACAAGAAGAAUGAGCAGCUGCUUUCCGAGGCCUCUUCUAGCAAAGACAGCUCCAUGGACAAGCUUGCAUAGCAUUGCUAUUAGGUCACAAGAGAAAUGGUACUUUCUAGAACAAUUUGGAAAUUAUAUUUUACUAUGCAUCACUGCCUGAAUGUGUUUUUAAAAAAUUAUAGAAUUUAAUGGCUUUCAUAUUGUUAGAAGUAUUCUUGUAAGUGGACAGUUGUAUGAAAAAUCAAUAGUCAAAGUUUUGUAUUAGAAAACAAAUCUACAAGCUCAUAUGCCGUUAUUUAUUCCAACUUACCUUUCUUAGGAAAAAGUGAUAUUCCAUAAUGAAAGUCAUUAAAGACACUGUUUACAAGUUUAAAACAAAACUGAAGGUGUAUAGUUAGUGCAAUAUUAGUGAAAUGUAGUGAAGGAGGACUGUAUUACACAUCUAUGUCUGUCAGUGUCCUUUCUUAAUGCCUAGAUGAAUUUAAAAAAUGAUUUAAGAGGAUUCUUUUUGCACAAUCCUUGUUAACCUUAAGAUAUUCACUCCAGGGGGACCUCUGCCACAAAUGAAAGUGUUUAGUUAAUUCAUUUUUUUCUGAUCUCGACUUGUACAGUCAUACCUACUUUAUAUAGAACUUUAGUAAAAGGCCUUAAGGCACACAAUGGUCCAAUUUUAAAACUUGUUUAUUUUAAUAAUACAUGCUUAUUUACCAUAUUAAUUGUAAUUUUUAGUUUUAACAACAAUAACUAAAAUGUCAUAAUAGCAGCUGCUUAUUUAGUUUUUGGGCACUCCUCAGCACUAUAAUAUAUUUAAAUAUAUUCUCACUGUAUAUAUACACAUUUCAAUAUACAAUAUUUCAACACAUAUAUUCCUUUCGAAAAUUGAGCAAAUUCAUUUGAGCACCUAACACAAUACACAUAAUCACAUUUUGUUUUAAUUUAAACUGAAGGCCUUCCCCUGGCAGGUACUGUACUUUGUUAAAGAUGUUGGUUUGAGUCAAAAAUGAUAAGAUAGGGAGGGUCAUUAAAAGGCAGCAUAGGAUUCCCUGGAUUGAAGGAUUAUUUUAAUGGGAGUAGCAGGUUUACUAAAGGCAGAGCACUGACACUCCAAAAAAUAGAAAAAGACGUAAAGAUAAUUAGUUACUGACUAAUGUGUGUUCCUAAUGUUACAAAGCUGCACCUACAGCAGAUAAUAUUUAAGUUGAUAAUUUAUGUUUCAUUUAAGAUAUAUUUUAUGUUAUUUAAUCACUUUACAGGCAAAUGAUAACUUUGGAUAUAAUCCUCACUUCCUUGAAUGAUAUUUCUGAAUACUAUGCACAAGGUCAAAAGCUUCCAUGAAGACUUGGGGACGCCGUAGGUCUAUAGUGAUCGACAUAUUUGAUGAAUGUAGACUUUUUAAAUUAUUUUAACUAUCCAGUGCAAAUCAGAAACAAGUUUCUAAACUUUAGUGUGUAAAAAUUGUCAUUUUAAGAAAUAUUUUUAAAUGCUUUGCUACUUUUCAGUGUCCACUAAUUGUUCCUGUCUUACUUUCGCUUUUUUGUGGUUGAACAUUUCAUGAAAAUGAGACAUUAAGUUUAAAAAAAAUACUUUGUUUUAUUCAGUAUUUCUUUUUUUAACUAAGUGCCUAUUGUGAAAGUUGGGCAAAGUUCCUCUAAUAAUGACAAAGUUGACAUUUUUAUUUUUCCAGCAGGGGGCGACGUUUUUCCUUUAAAAAUCGUAAACGUGUAAACUUUUUUUUGGUAUCUUCACUACAAACUAUUAAGGGCUUGUUUGAAUCUGUCUGCAGCAUAUCUGACAAUAUGUUGAAAGAAAUAAUCAGAGGCCCAAACACUUAAAUGUUUUACACUACAAAUGAAGAUAUAAUAUAAAACGGGUAUGUUUUGUUACUGAUUUAUUUUGCAUUUAAUAACGUUUGAUGAUAUAAUUUGACUUCUCAUAUUUAAACCACUGCGGGAUUUAUAUUUGAAAUGUUAAACAGAACGAUCUGUAUUAAAACUGUGAGUCUGACCGCUGUCCUCUGCCAAAUAACCAAUAAUGCUUAUUUGCACUUUGUGUCUGUCAGAUAUUUCUUAUGUCAACUUGUAUUUCUAAGAGUCCGCUAACAAAAAUGCAGUCACUCCCCAACUUUCAUAACGUUAAUUCAUACUUGGUGGAAGCAGUGUGUGUGAAGAAGGAAAAUAAUGCAAUACGUUACAAGUAAUAUUUUUUUUUUCGAUUAUUGCUUUGUUGGCGAUUGUGACGCGAAAUAUACAGUGGAUUGAGAGUAAGCAUAAAAAGAGUAGCUGUGUAAGACAUUUUUAGAUUAAUUGCGUUUAGUGUAUGUUUAAAAUGCAAUCUUUUAUUGAAAUAUUUAAGGUAGUUUUUCUUAUAAGUAAUAUUUAAUUAGUAUAUGAUUCCUAGAUUUUGUUUUCAAAAUAAAUGUUGCUGCCAGUUAAAUAAAAAUAUAUGUUUAUUAAUAGA